GGGAAGAGUGUUGAAGAAAUCAGUUCUCGUCUGGGAAUGGAGAUCGAGAAAGAUUCUGUCACUACAGUUCAAAAUAACUUCAUUACAAGUUCUUCUGACAUGGAGCAAAUAGAGCCACCAGCGAAAAGAAACAAGAUAGAAACUGAAAGCAAAACUGGUGUUGAGAGUGAAGUGGAAAAAGAAAAUGGAGCCAUUACCAAAAAGGAUGACUUGAUAGUGACUGAUGGCAGCAAUGAUAUUUCACCGAAUAAAACUAACUCCCCAGUCAAAACAUCUACCACAACAAUAGGUUCCAACACUGGCUCUGAAAAGAUUAACAUUUCAAAYGGCAUCCAAACAGAUGUGCCAAAAUUAUUAACUGAGAUAUCGAAUCAGUUGACAGAAGAAAAGGAUCACACUGUAAAACCAACAAUCAAAGAGUCAACUUCCUCAUAUGGUAUUCAAGAAACUCUUGUAAAGAAUGAUAAGAAACCAACAGAAGGUACUGAAUUUGAUGACCCAAUAGCAGGUCUUGACUGGAAAGAUGGCAUUGCAACUCUACCAGGGAGUAGUCUGAAGUUCAAGAUGACYGAGUUUGGAACCCUAGAAAUAGUGAGUACAGUAGAAACAGAGAAGGGAGAAGUGGAAAUGAGUACAUUUACUAGCCAAACCAAACAAGACAUGAACCCACAAGAAGCUGUAAAGAACAGCGAGACCAGUACACCAGUAUCUGUAAUCAAGACAAGCAAAGAUGCCAAGUCAAAGACACCUACCAAGAGUGACAUGAUGAAAGGGCCCCCAGAUGCCAGCCAUGUCCUUUGCUGUGAAGUGUGUGGUAAAUAUGGUUUGCCAAAAGAUUUCUGUGUCUCUGGAAGGUUUUGCGGUCUCAAGUGUGUAGGAAUGUACACAGGACGAAGAAAUAAAGGAAGGGAAUUCGUCCGACACGUCAAAACUUUGGAUGGAAAAAUAAUCAAGAAGAGAAAGAAGAAAGUUCCUUCAACAAUUGAAACUUCUGUGGAGAAUGGACAGCUUAAGGCAGUCAAAAACGAAGCAGAAGUAAAUAAAGUUGGUGGCGGACCUGUCACCAUCAAAAAAAUCAAAGGAACCAAGAAAAAAAUCAAACGAAUUCAUCUCGAUGCUGCAAGUUUGGCUUCAACUGAUAAUGUUCCUUAUGAUUCAAGCAAGCCAUUCAUAUGGGUUGAUUAUCUAUAUGCAAGUAAUUCAAAAGCUGUUCCUGUCAGCGUUUUCCAACAGGAAAACCCAGAACUUAACAUGUUCCCAAAGCCCUGUCCUGAGUACGUAAGAGGAAUGAAGUUAGAAGCCAUUGAUCCUAAACAUCCUUCAUACAUCUGUGUGUGCACUGUUGUUCGGGUCAGGGGGGCACGGGUGAGGCUCCACUUCGAUGGAUGGUCGGAAAGCUACGAUUUCUGGACCAAUGCAGACUCGCCGUUAAUCUUCCCGGUUGGGUGGUGUGCAAAGAAUGGACAGACUCUAAGCGCGCCGAGAGGUGUUCCUGUAUCUGAGUUUGAUUUUGACUUCUACAUAAAAGAUCAAGGUUCUGAAGCAGUUCCCAGCAAUCUGUUCAAACAAGUCUCCCAAACAAGACAUGGCUUUAAAGUUGACAUGAAGCUUGAAGCUAUAGAUCGAAAGAACCCGGAUCUAAUCUGCGUUGCCACAGUAACCAACGUGAUUGGUAAUCGUUUUCUGGUCCAUUUUGACGAAUGGGAUGACACGUACGACUACUGGUGUGAGGAAGAUUCACCGUAUAUUCAUCCUGUUGGAUGGUGCGAGGCUCAUGGUGGAAAACUUAACCCACCCAACGAUGACGAAGUUGACACCUUCACGUGGGCAGAAUACCUCAAGACUACAGGAAGUGUUGCUGCUUCACCGGAACUAUUCAAAAAGCGUUUUGCGCCCGGUUACAAGAAAGGACAGAAACUUGAAGCCGUAGACAAACGCAAUCCAUCCCUGACCCGCGCAGCAACGGUGGCUGAUUUAGAUGAGUAUAAAGUAAAGCUGCAUUUUGAUGGCUGGGAUAAUAUCUACGAUGAGUGGUAUGAUGCCGACUCCACUGACCUACACCCGGUGUCUUACUGUGAGAAAACUGGUCAUCCCUUGGAAGCCCCUCUAACUCGUGCAGACAAGAUCUCAUCGGCCGCCUGCCCCACUCCAGGGUGUAAAGGCAUUGGUCACGUGAAAGGUGCCAAAUACUCGAGUCACCACAGCACAUUCGGUUGUCCAUACUCUCUACAAAACCUGAACAAAGAAUCGUGUCUUGUUGAUAGGCUGUCAACCAACUCCAUGACUGAAGAGUCAGACUGGUCGUAUGGAAAGAGGGAUAAGCCACCAAAUGGAAAGGAUCCCAAAGACGAACCAGUAAGUCCCAACAAUAUUGGUAGCCCUAAUCCUAGCUGUGAUGGUAGCAGCUUUUUACCAGCGCAUUGGAAAUCUAAAUCCAUAUCCACAGGUUGUCCGAGUAACGAAUCAUCACGCAGUGCCCGAAACAGCCAUCUGUCAACAUCGUCUUUCUCCUCUACUAAAGUGUCUAUAUCGAAUGCGUCUACUGUUGGUUCAAGUCUGACUGCUAAUAACAUGAAUAGCAAAUCUACUGCUCGGCGUCACAGCUACAAAGAGGAGAAGCCAUCGACAACAAGACCAAAAUUUGUGGAGAAAGGUAUCCAGUACAUCUCACCUUAUUAUAACACCUGGGGAUACGGCUUUGCACGGCUGCCCGUCAAUGGACGCAGAGAACACUACUCACUGCAUGACGAAAAACCUUCAAAAGAGAAGAUAGAGAUGGGAAAGUGGACGGUAGAACAAGUAGAGAAACAUGUCUGUUCACUGGGGUGCCCGGAACAAGCCAAAUUAUUCGAAGAACAGGAAAUCGAUGGUGAAGCAUUCCUUCUACUCACCCAACCAGACAUCGUCAACAUAAUGAAGAUUAAACUUGGUCCUGCCUUAAAGAUAUUCAACAGUAUUCCCAAGCACUGAAACACAUUUGACUUACCUGCAAUACUGGACGUUACAAAGAUUGCAAAUAUUAAGAACAUGCAAAGGAUUUGAAGCAUCGACGGUAAAUCGUGUACUUGAUGGGCACGACCAAUAUUAUCAAGUGGACUGGGCUUCCUGUGUUUUCCAAGUCGAGAUCAGUUUAGAUUUACGAGGAAAGUUGACACCAGCUGGUCGCAAUAAGGAAGUGCCUUUGCCGAGCGUUAUUUUGCUUCGUUGUGGAUAAGGAGGAUCCAAUGUAAACACUGAUUGUUUUUGUAGAUUAUGGACAUUCUGAUAUCUAUGGGAUGCCUGUGGUAGACCAAGAACUUGUUGUCAAAACAAGAAAUCAUCCACGAGAUGCCUUUGGUACAAAAAGAACUAAACAACCCUAAUAUUAAAGAGUGGGAUUCCUGUGCUUAGAUGGUUUCAAAAUUUCUGUGACGGUACACAGGCUUCCCAUUAUAUUUAUUCCUUAGCGUUAAGUUUAACAAUGGACGUCAUAAACGUACAGUACACCUUCCUGUUAAUAGACCAUUUCACGGAUCCCGUUCCUCAACCUCAGCCUCGUCAGCGUGUAAUAUAUUCUUUAGAAAUUGCCUACAACCUGUGAAAUUUUUAAGUGUUUCAAUUGUUCGUUGAUGUGUAAAUUCCUUUCAUUACUGCGGACUGUAGUCAAAUUCUAAAGAAUAAUUACACGCUGACGAAGCUGAGGUUGAGUAACGGGAUCCGUGAAAUGACCUAUUGUCGUGUUGACACACCACUGAACGUGAGAAGAACGUAAUGUUUUUUAUAGAUAUUGAAAGAUAACCGUAAAACAUUUGUAAGUGUUGAUUUUCAAUAAAAUUUUCACUCGUUGUUAA